CGAAAACGAGAUACCAGGCAGUUUGAAACCAGCGACUGGCGGCGGUCUGAAGACGGCUCUAUUUUAACUAAUGCUCAUUUGUUCAUUAUCUCCGAAUCUGCCGUUCAUUUGCCUUUAUGCUUAAUUUCCUAAAUUUCCUGAGGCUAUUCGUGUAGUGUGAACGGGGUUGACACGGCGGCACUCAGAGCGCCAUCAUGCGGAUUGUCGAGAUUAUCAUCGAUGGCUUCAAAUCGUACGCGGUGCGAACGGUAAUUUCAGGAUGGGAUGAAUCAUUUAACUCAAUUACGGGCCUCAACGGUAGUGGAAAGUCUAACAUCCUCGAUGCAAUAUGUUUCGUUCUCGGAAUCACAAAUAUGAGCACUGUCCGAGCUCAAAACCUUCAAGAUCUCAUCUACAAGCGCGGCCAGGCAGGUGUGACGAAAGCGAGUGUUACUAUUGUCUUUGACAAUCGCGACAAGACCAAAUCGCCGAUCGGCUUUGAGGAAUAUGCCAGUAUCUCGGUGACUCGUCAGAUCGUCUUGGGUGGAACGAGCAAGUAUUUGAUAAACGGACAUAGAGCCCAGCAGCAAACCGUGCAGAAUCUAUUUCAAAGCGUGCAGCUUAAUAUCAAUAAUCCGAACUUUUUGAUCAUGCAGGGACGGAUUACAAAGGUGCUGAAUAUGAAACCUGUCGAGAUUUUGUCUAUGAUUGAAGAGGCCGCUGGGACCCGGAUGUUUGAAGAUAGAAAGGAAAAGGCAGGCAAGACGAUGGCCAAGAAGGAGAUGAAAGUGCGCGAAAUCGAGGGAUUGUUGAAGGAGGAAAUCGAGCCCAAAUUGGAGAAGCUGAGAGGCGAGAAGAGAGCUUUCCUUGAUUUUCAGCAGACUCAAAGCGACCUCGAGCGACUGACAAGGCUUGUUGUUGCGCAUGAUUAUUUGAGAAAUGGCGAGCGGUUACGAGUAGCGGGUGAAGAGCUGGAAAACAAGCGACGUAAGAUUGAAGAACUGGAAUCCAACACUGCUCGACUGAAGAGUGAAAUCGCAAACCUCGAGGAAGACGUGAGCAAAGUUAAGGCAGCCCGAGACAAAGAACUCCGGAAAGGAGGUAAAUUUCAAGCAUUGGAGGACGAAGUGAAAAACCACUCCCAUGAGAUGGUCCGAUUAUCUACCCAGGCCGAUCUGAAGAAAUCCAGCAUGGCUGAAGAGUCAAAGAAACGAGAGGAUGCCCAGAAAGCAGUGCAAGAAGUGCAAACUUUGCUAAAAGAGAAGAAGAAGAUAUAUGACAAGUUACAGGCACAGUAUGACGCAGCCAAGGCAGAGCUUGAUGCGCAAACUGCGGAGGUUGAACAGAAAGAGGAACUUCUCCAAACUCUACAGACCGGGGUGGCAUCGAAGGAAGGCCAGGAAAAUGGAUACCAAGGUCAACUACAGGACGCACGCAACCGUGUCAGUGCCGCCGCCACAGAACAAGAACAAUCCAAACUUAAAAUCGCUCAUUUAGAAAAACGUAUCAAAGAGGAGGAGCCACGGGCGAAGAAAGCUAUGGAGCAGAAUUCGGGCUUACUCAAGGACCUCGAUAACCUCAAAAAACAUGCCCAAAAGCUGGAAGCGAAUCUUGCAAAGCAAGGUUUCGAGCCGGGUAGAGAGGAAAAGAUGUACCAGGAAGAGGCAACACUACAAAAAGAAAUCCGCGACUUGCGUGGCCAAGCCGAUUCUUUAAAGCGAAAAGUUGCCAACAUUGAUUUUACUUAUGCUGACCCAUAUCCCAAUUUUGACCGGUCGAAAGUGAAGGGUUUAGUUGCUCAGCUGUUCACGUUAGAUAAAGAUAAGUCGGAAGCUGGAACUGCACUCGAGAUCUGCGCUGGUGGGCGCUUGUACAAUGUUGUCGUGGACACGGCGGAAACCGGUACAGCUCUCUUACAAAACGGCAAGCUCCGAAAGCGAGUAACCAUAAUCCCGCUGAAUAAGAUCGCUGCAUUCAAAGCAUCAGCCGAGAAGAUUGGCGCUGCGAAGGAGAUUGCCCCAGGCAAGGUCGAUCUUGCGUUGUCCCUGAUUGGAUAUGAUGACGAAGUAGCAGCUGCCAUGCAGUAUGUUUUCGGUUCAACACUCAUAUGUCAGGACGCGGAUACCGCCAAAAGAGUGACAUUCGAUCCAUCAGUGCGCCUGAAGAGUGUAACAUUAGAGGGUGAUGUCUAUGACCCAUCAGGAACACUCUCCGGAGGUAGCUCCCCAAAUUCAAGUGGCGUCCUCCUUGUCCUGCAAAAAUUGAACGAAGUAAUGUCUGAAUUAAACCACAAGGAACGAACUCUUCGUUUCCUCCGGGAUACAAUGGCAAAGGAGAAGAAGAGAAUGGACUCUGCCAGGGCAACGAAACAGGAACUUGACCUAAAACUUCACGAGAUAAAACUCACUGAAGAACAAAUCAACGGAAAUUCUUCAUCUUCGAUCAUUCAUGCCGUGGAAGAAAUGCGGACAAAUAUAGAACAGCUUAAAAAGAAUAUCGCGGAAGCUAAGGCCCGACAUGCUGAAGCAACAAAAGAUGUCAAAAGAAUUGAAAAGGAUAUGGCUGAGUUUAACGACAAUAAGGAUAGCAAAUUGGCAGAGCUACAAGCAUCCUUGGAUGGCUUGAAGAAGAAACUGAGCAAAAGCUCCAUCUCAGUUAAAACGUUACAGAAAGAACUUCAGGCAUCACAGAUUGACUCUGAACAAGCAGGGAGUGACUUGACAACUGCAGAAGAACAAUUGGCCGAGGCGGACGCAGCGUUGAAGGCCCAAAUGGAGGAGGUUGAAGAGAUAAAGCGGGAGCAAAAACGGUGCAAGGACGCUCAUGAUUAUGCACAAGCACGACUUGAGGACGAACAAGCAAAACUUACAAGAUUUGAUGACGAGCUGCGUGAUCUCGAAGAAGCCAAACGGUCCAAGGCGGCGAGAAUCACAGAAGACGGCUUAGAGCUUCAAAAGCUUGGGCAUCAGCUUGAAAAGCUCCAAAAGGACCAGAACAAUGCCCAACAGUCGGUGGCUAAUAUGGAAAGCGAAUAUGAAUGGAUUGAGGAAGAGAGGGAUAAUUUUGGACGCCCGAAUACGCCUUAUGACUUUAAGGGGCAAAAUAUUGCCGAGUGCAAGGCCUCUUUGCGCAACCUUACCGAACGCUUCCAGGGAAUGAAGAAGAAAAUCAACCCCAAGGUCAUGAAUAUGAUUGAUAGUGUAGAAAAGAAGGAAGCUUCGCUAAAAAACAUGAUGAAGACGGUUAUCCGGGAUAAGAGAAAAAUUGAAGAGACAAUUGUCACUUUAGACGAAUACAAGAAGGAAGCGUUGCAAAAGACUUGGGCCAAAGUUAACGCAGACUUUGGCCAAAUUUUCGCGGAUCUACUUCCGGGCAGUUUUGCAAAACUUGACCCACCUGAGGGCAAGGAGAUCACAGACGGCUUGGAGUUCAAAGUGAGCUUAGGAAAGGUGUGGAAGCAAAGCUUGACAGAACUGAGCGGAGGUCAACGAUCGCUGAUAGCCAUCUCACUGAUCAUGGCUUUGCUCCAGUUCAAGCCCGCACCAAUGUACAUCCUGGAUGAGGUUGAUGCCGCGCUUGACCUGUCUCACACACAGAAUAUCGGCCGAUUGAUCAAAACACGAUUCAAAGGAUCUCAGUUCAUCGUGGUCAGUCUGAAAGACGGAAUGUUCCAGAAUGCGAAUAGGAUCUUUAGAACGAGAUUUAGUGAAGGCACUAGUGUGGUUCAAGCGCUGACACCGGCAGACUUGAAGUAAGUUGUUUCGAGGGCGUUGGGUAGGCGGGA